UGACCAGGGGCAAAAAGUACCACCAGCAGUGCGCCGAGCAAAAGUACGGCGAGCGCGCUGUGUCGCUCGAGGAGGCCAAGCGCCGGGUCCGUGCCCAGAGAGGCAAUGCUUAAAGAUAGACGUCUAUUGUGCGCGUACUUGUCUCCAUUUUCCUGCUUUCUGGGUAUGCGCCGACCUGGACACACCCUUCUGUCGUCAGGUGGCAGGGAUUCGCAGAUACACCGUCCCCCUGCUGCCUGGCCUGGAGACCCCCCUGACCGCUUGCCACCUUUCUUUUCUGAAUCGUUUAAUUUCUUCCUCUAUUUCCUUUUUGCUCCAUCCUCAGUAUAAUAGCCAUCACAUUUUUCCUUUUUCGCACAUACGCCAUGUAUCAGCCUGUUGUAAUGGCAAAGGGCAAGCUGCCAGAGCAAAUUGGCCUUGGCCAGCCAGUGCUCGAGCUGAGAGAACCGCCAAAGCACACCGUGGUUGUAAAGUACGACAUGUUGCGACUGCUAUCUAUCCGCAAAGACACUAAUAUGACCAGCUCGUUUCUGGUCGAACCAGACUCGAAUCCAUACAAUACCACUAUUGUCACCGUGUGCAUUGAUCUCCACAUUACCUCAGCACCGCAAAUCGAUGAAAUCCGCAAUGCAGUUCGUGCCACCACCACCAAAGACACAUAUGCCCUGGAGCUCACACAAAUCGACCCGCCACUGAUAUACACAAAGGUGUUUAUCUACAUGCCGCACACUACGGCAGUGCUGCCGGGCCUGCACAUCGAUGCGCCAAACUGCCACAUGGUGCUCCACGACCUUGCCAAGUCACAGUUUGGCGACAUCCGCAUCCUGACUAGCAAGGGCCGGUGCUUGAUUUCGAGUGUGCGGUGCCAGUUCCUGUGGGUGGAGUGCACGCAGACGUACGUGCUGCUAUUCGAUGCCAAGGCACAGAAAUCAAUCGAUGUUAUUACCGAAAGGCGCCCGAUAAUGUGCACAGAGUGCAAUGCCCGCUUCAUGGUGCUCAAAACCACCGAGGGCAACGUGAACGCCAACCGGAUAAACGUCCGCCGCUCACUCCAGAUCUCCACCACUCUGGCCCCAAUAAGCCUCAAUAACGCCAUCAUGCGCUCCGCCGAACUCACAACCACGCGCGGUGACAUCAUGGCUGAGUAUGUGUGCGCGCGCAUGUUUCAAAUGUCCUCUACAAACGCUCAACUCUCUGGCUCCCUGAUAAUCCAGCGCUUUAUGGCUGUAUAUGCCGAGCGUAGCCAGGUGAGCCUGGACCUGAAGGAGUACAAUGCAAGGAAGAUGCCAGAGGUUACCCUCAAUAUCCCCUACAGUACCUUGAACAUCCACUUGCCAACUCGGUUCAUCAGCCUCCCGGAAACAUUCCGCGAGAAUGGUGCUGUGAAAGUGAAGUGGAUUGAUGGCGCCGAGGCAUGAAUCCAGGGCUUUACAAUUCUUUUGCCACUGGGUUGCUGUGAAAGAUGACAUCACAGUUGUUUAGAGCUAGACCACAGUGGCAUUGUAAUAGGGCACAGGCCCUUGCCAACUUUCAACUGCGAUAGAGAAUAU